ACAAUCCUUUGUAUCGUAGCAAGUCGGGUGUGUCGUCAUAAUACUGGAGAUGAAAAGUGGCGAAUGUCCGACUCGAGUCGCUGACUAGGCUCUUACAAAGUCUUCUCCAACUGCUCCGCUACAUAUUACUACAUGUCGCGUCAGCAGCGAAUCGGCGUCGCGUCAAGUCCGUUCUUUCCGAGCUUCACAAGUGCUGCGUGGAGCUACCCCUCUUUGACCCUCAUCGGCAGUUGGGUAUCUCACCCAAAACCGAAUUAUUGCUUGUUGGGGACUGCUGAAGAUGACGCCGAAGGUUGAGAUCGGAGUUAUGCGUGAUUGGAUAUCACGCAGAAUGAGGAUAAUUGCAGAGGACUGAUUGACCGGAAGGAAUGCAUUACGAUCGAUCUUGCUGCACAGCUGUGGGGUCGGCGAGUGUGGGGUCUUAGAGAGAUGCAUUUCUUUUGACAGCAGAAAUUCCGGUCUUGUUUCCCCAAUUCAAAACAAACUAUCGCAGAGAACAUCACUAGAGUCCGUCUUUGAAGCCGUUUCUUGGUAUUGCGCAGAUCCUAGUGAAGUUCCGGUGAAAAGCAGAUCGUCCUCGUCACCAUGCCUGAGCCGCUCAAAGACCCGAAAGAAUACCAGAACAUCUUCCAUUGGGCCGAGACCCAGAAAGAUGGUUCUAUCCCAUCGUUUGGUAAUAGGAAGAAUGAUCCAUAUGAGUAUCAAUCCGGGUUUGGGAACAGCUUUGAAUCAGAGGCCGUACCAGGCACUAUCCCAAAGGGCCAGAACAAUCCGAGAAGUGUCAGAUUUGGUCUGUAUGCGGAGCAGAUGACUGGUUCUGCAUUCGUUGCUCCAAGACACCUGAACAAGAAGGCCUAUCUAUACAGAGCGCGGCCUGCCGUCGCACAUCAAGGAUUUACCGAUCUUCCAGACAACCAAGACACCGAAUCAAACUUCCUCCCCGUGAACAAGCGAGUUCACGUCUCUCCCACACAGCUAGCCUGGCUCCCAUUCGAUACCCCUACCGAUGGCGAUGUUGAUUUUAUUUCCGGUCUGAAGAGCAUCGCUGGCUCUGGCGAUCCGACACUCCGAGAGGGUCUGGCGGUACACACAUACCUAUGCAAUGCGAGCAUGAACAGGAGGGCGGCUGUUAACUCCGAUGGCGACUUCUUGAUUGUGCCUCAACUGGGGGCCUUGGAUAUCCUGACCGAGUUUGGGCCAAUGUAUGUGCAGCCAGGGGAGAUUUGCGUCAUCCAGAGGGGGCAGCGAUUCAGAGUCAAGGUGGAUGGUCCGACCCGGGGAUACAUUUUGGAAAUCUGGGGCUCACAAUUCCAGCUUCCUGAGCUGGGUCCAUUGGGAGCCAACGGACUUGCCAACGCCCGAGACUUUUUGCACCCGACCGCUAAAUACGAGAUUGAGCAAGCACCGUGGGAAAUCGUCUACAAACUAGCUGGAAAGUUCUUCGUCAGCAAGCAGGAGCAUUCGCCAUUCGAUGUUGUCGCAUGGCAUGGCAACUACGUUCCGUACAAGUACGACCUGACCAAGUUUGUCAACGUUGGCUCGAUCUCAGUCGACCACAUUGACCCUUCCAUCUUCUGCGUCAUCACAGCCCCUUCUCGCGACCCGGCUGCGCCACUUGCAGAUUUCCUCAUCUUCAGCCCACGAUGGGAUGUAGCAUCUCACACCUACCGUCCGCCAUACUACCACCGUAACGGAGCUUCAGAGCUCAUGGGUCUGAUCUACGGCGAGUACGCAGGUCGCUCCGAUGAAUUCCAGCCCGGAGGUAUUAGCUUCGAGUGCGGUUUCGUGCCUCACGGUGUUGCCUACGAAGAGUUCAAAGCAGCAAGCGCACAGCCGCCGCCUGAAAUGCAAAUCUCAAAGGGUGCUAUUGCGUUUAUGAUGGAGAGUUCGAGGAUGUUCACCAUCACCGAUUGGGCGUGGAACAGCAACAAGAAGCAUGAGCAUGAUCCAAAGAUGUGGGACAAUCUGGUUGACAACUUUUCGACGCACAAGGAAGAAGUUGAGAGGAUUUUGGCAGAGGGCGUGAAGAAGCUGUAGUUGUGUUCAUGUCUUUUGAGUUUUUCUUGUACGGUUUCAUGGUGAAGGAGUAUUUGGGAGGAUAUACUUGCCAAUGUAGUAAUGGGACUGUAACAUGCCUUCCAAAGUUCUAAAGCUUGUAUUCGUUUGAAAGGAAAUAGUUGUAGCUGUAUGGUUCCCAAAAAGGCUAGCGUACCCCGC